AUGGCCUUCGCCGAGGCAAACUCGGCACCUCCCCUCCGAGACGUCGUCACCAGAUACAGCUCGGCGUUCGACACUCCGGUUCACCGUAUGAGUGAGUUGCCAGGCGACCGGGACGAGUCAUGGCCGCUGCCGGUUUCUGUCGAUCGACGGUUUAUUCGUCACAAAUCAAUCGGGAGGUCGCCGGACGCAGAGGGCGCACGAACGAGCGUUCGGCCGGUGAUGGCCGAAGGAUUGAAGUCUGUCUGUCGAAUCGGAGCGAACGGACAGCUGCCACAAGAAGUCGCAGGAAUGCAAUAG